CUAAAUGCUUUUGUGCUUCUGUAAUGCAGUGGCAGGAUUAACUAAUAAUUGAUUGGUUGCCGUUAGAUUUUGUUUACAUAUUGAAUUUUGAUGUUCCUGAACAGAUUCAUUGAGUAGAGUCAAUUUGGCGAUGAAUAAGAACGUAUAUGAUGUGAUGUGAUUGCUUCAGUGUUCGUCGAUUGCAUUUAGUGGCUUCUAUUCCAGUAAUUCCCUGAAGAUCCUGUUAUGUUUCCAAGAAGAACUACAUUAAUGGCUGACGCUAUAGUACCAGUUUUUGACAGCUUUGCUGAUAGUGAGAGCAAAGAGAACAGCCCACCCAUUAAGUUGGGAUUGGCGAAAACGCUUCAAGGUGGGGUCAUUGUGGAGGUCACCAAUGCAGAACAAGCAAAAAUAGCAGAGGAAGCUGGAGCUUCCUGUAUUGUUAUUUACCCUGGUAGAUUUCGCACGCGUGAUCUAUCUCAUGCUUGUCAAAUCAAGCAAGCAGUCUCAAUUCCGGUGAUGGCAAGAGUCCGUAUAGGACAUUUUGUUGAAGCCCAGAUUCUGGAAGCAGUUGGAGUUGACUACAUUGAUGAGAGCGAACUUCUGGGUAAUGCUGACAAUGAAAACUACAUUAAUAAGCAUAAUUUUCGAAUACCAUUUGCUUGUGGGUGCAGCAAUUUCAAUGAUGCAUUGGCAAGGAUAACGGAAGGUGCAGUCAUACUUUGGAUCCAGGGAGAAGUAUCUAGGUGGAACUUGCCUGGGUUUAAUGACAUUGCUGAGACGGUUAGGAAUGUUAGGUCAAUGAUGAAAGAGACAAGAAACUUAACGAACACCAACGAAGAUGAGGUUUUCUCAUUUACAAAGAAGGUGAUGGCGUCUUAUGAUCUUGCAGCGGAAAUUAAGCGCAUGGGUAAGCUUCCAGCAAUGCAAAUUGCAUCAGGAGGCAUCAAGACUCCUGCUGAUGCAGCACUCAUGAUGCAACUGGGAUGUGAUGGCGUGCUUGUUAGAUUGGAAAUUUUUCGAUCAGAAGCAUACAUAUCAGACUUUUUUUACAGUUCAAACCCAUAUAGACCAGACAUUUUAUACAGUUCAAAUCCAUAUAAGCGAAUUCGUGCAAUUGUUCAGGCUGUUAAGCACUACAAUAAUCCCAGUAUAUUGGCAGAAUGUAGCUAUGGGUUGGAUGAUACCAUCGCAGAGGAUGAUUAUAGCGUUGAAAAUUGAUCUGGUAAUCUGAUGUGUCCCUCUGGUCUUUUAUUUGCAUUUCAGUUCAUUUCUUUGAUGUUAGAAGAAUUCUCAAUAUGUCAUAUUAAAUAUCAAUUGUAAAUGGAUUCUAUCAACCAAUUGAAUGCUGUUACAAAAAUAAUAAAAUUAAAUGCCUGUUCAAUA